AUGUGUUCUAGGUCUUCUUGGAUAUCUUGGCAGGUUUGUCUUUUCAAAAGGUUCUCAUUAUGCUCUUCUGCAGCCUUUAUUGUUCUAGGUCUUCUUGGAUAUCUUGGCAGGUUUGUCUUUUCAAAAGGUUCUCAUUAUGCUCUUCUGCAGCCUUUAUGUGUUCUAGGUCUUCUUGGAUAUCUUGGCAGGUUUGUCUUUUCAAAAGGUUCUCAUUAUGCUCUUCUGCAGCCUUUAUGUGUUCUAGGUCUUCUUGGAUAUCUUGGCAGACAAACCUGCCAAGAUAUCCAAGAAGACCUAGAACACAUAAAGGCUGCAGAAGAGCAUAAUGAGAACCUUUUGAAAAGACAAACCUGCCAAGAUAUCCAAGAAGACCUAGAACACAUAAAGGCUGCAGAAGAGCAUAAUGAGAACCUUUUGAAAAGACAAACCUGCCAAGAUAUCCAAGAAGACCUAGAACACAUAAAGGCUGCAGAAGAGCAUAAUGAGAACCUUUUGAAAAGACAAACCUGCCAAGAUAUCCAAGAAGACCUAGAACACAUAAAGGCUGCAGAAGAGCAUAAUGAGAACCUUUUGAAAAGACAAACCUGCCAAGAUAUCCAAGAAGACCUAGAACACAUAAAGGCUGCAGAAGAGCAUAAUGAGAACCUUUUGAAAAGACAAACCUGCCAAGAUAUCCAAGAAGACCUAGAACACAUAAAGGCUGCAGAAGAGCAUAAUGAGAACCUUUUGAAAAGACAAACCUGCCAAGAUAUCCAAGAAGACCUAGAACACAUAAAGGCUGCAGAAGAGCAUAAUGAGAACCUUUUGAAAAGACAAACCUGCCAAGAUAUCCAAGAAGUAAUCGAACCAUCAUAUAUACGAACACGCGAAAUGAAAGUUGAUGAAAAUCCUGAUAACCCUUCAUGUAUACCGGAUUACGAAAAUACCAACGAUGAUUAUAUAGAAGACCCGGCUGAUAACUAUGAUAUGGGAUUCACACAAGUCAGAGAUACUGUACUCAAAAAUCUUCCAAAAGAGACAAAGCAUGCGGUUGCAGAGGCAGUUAAAAGUUGGCUGAGACAUGCCAGCGAACGGUUGAUGAGGAAUCAAUUAUAUCCAAGAAGACUAGAACACAUAAAGGCUGCAGAAGAGCAUAAUGAGAACCUUUUGAAAAGACAAACCUGCCAAGAUAUCCAAGAAGACCUAGAACACAUAAAGGCUGCAGAAGAGCAUAAUGAGAACCUUUUGAAAAGACAAACCUGCCAAGAUAUCCAAGAAGACCUAGAACACAUAAAGGCUGCAGAAGAGCAUAAUGAGAACCUUUUGAAAAGACAAACCUGCCAAGAUAUCCAAGAAGACCUAGAACACAUAAAGGCUGCAGAAGAGCAUAAUGAGAACCUUUUGAAAAGACAAACCUGCCAAGAUAUCCAAGAAGACCUAGAACACAUAAAGGCUGCAGAAGAGCAUAAUGAGAACCUUUUGAAAAGACAAACCUGCCAAGAUAUCCAAGAAGACCUAGAACACAUAAAGGCUGCAGAAGAGCAUAAUGAGAACCUUUUGAAAAGACAAACCUGCCAAGAUAUCCAAGAAGACCUAGAACACAUAAAGGCUGCAGAAGAGCAUAAUGAGAACCUUUUGAAAAGACAAACCUGCCAAGAUAUCCAAGAAGACCUAGAACACAUAAAGGCUGCAGAAGAGCAUAAUGAGAACCUUUUGAAAAGACAAACCUGCCAAGAUAUCCAAGAAGACCUAGAACACAUAAAGGCUGCAGAAGAGCAUAAUGAGAACCUUUUGAAAAGACAAACCUGCCAAGAUAUCCAAGAAGACCUAGAACACAUAAAGGCUGCAGAAGAGCAUAAUGAGAACCUUUUGAAAAGACAAACCUGCCAAGAUAUCCAAGAAGACCUAGAACACAUAAAGGCUGCAGAAGAGCAUAAUGAGAACCUUUUGAAAAGACAAACCUGCCAAGAUAUCCAAGAAGACCUAGAACACAUAAAGGCUGCAGAAGAGCAUAAUGAGAACCUUUUGAAAAGACAAACCUGCCAAGAUAUCCAAGAAGACCUAGAACACAUAAAGGCUGCAGAAGAGCAUAAUGAGAACCUUUUGAAAAGACAAACCUGCCAAGAUAUCCAAGAAGACCUAGAACACAUAAAGGCUGCAGAAGAGCAUAAUGAGAACCUUUUGAAAAGACAAACCUGCCAAGAUAUCCAAGAAGACCUAGAACACAUAAAGGCUGCAGAAGAGCAUAAUGAGAACCUUUUGAAAAGACAAACCUGCCAAGAUAUCCAAGAAGACCUAGAACACAUAAAGGCUGCAGAAGAGCAUAAUGAGAACCUUUUGAAAAGACAAACCUGCCAAGAUAUCCAAGAAGACCUAGAACACAUAAAGGCUGCAGAAGAGCAUAAUGAGAACCUUUUGAAAAGACAAACCUGCCAAGAUAUCCAAGAAGACCUAGAACACAUAAAGGCUGCAGAAGAGCAUAAUGAGAACCUUUUGAAAAGACAAACCUGCCAAGAUAUCCAAGAAGACCUAGAACACAUAAAGGCUGCAGAAGAGCAUAAUGAGAACCUUUUGAAAAGACAAACCUGCCAAGAUAUCCAAGAAGACCUAGAACACAUAAAGGCUGCAGAAGAGCAUAAUGAGAACCUUUUGAAAAGACAAACCUGCCAAGAUAUCCAAGAAGACCUAGAACACAUAAAGGCUGCAGAAGAGCAUAAUGAGAACCUUUUGAAAAGACAAACCUGCCAAGAUAUCCAAGAAGACCUAGAACACAUAAAGGCUGCAGAAGAGCAUAAUGAGAACCUUUUGAAAAGACAAACCUGCCAAGAUAUCCAAGAAGACCUAGAACACAUAAAGGCUGCAGAAGAGCAUAAUGAGAACCUUUUGAAAAGACAAACCUGCCAAGAUAUCCAAGAAGACCUAGAACACAUAAAGGCUGCAGAAGAGCAUAAUGAGAACCUUUUGAAAAGACAAACCUGCCAAGAUAUCCAAGAAGACCUAGAACACAUAAAGGCUGCAGAAGAGCAUAAUGAGAACCUUUUGAAAAGACAAACCUGCCAAGAUAUCCAAGAAGACCUAGAACACAUAAAGGCUGCAGAAGAGCAUAAUGAGAACCUUUUGAAAAGACAAACCUGCCAAGAUAUCCAAGAAGACCUAGAACACAUAAAGGCUGCAGAAGAGCAUAAUGAGAACCUUUUGAAAAGACAAACCUGCCAAGAUAUCCAAGAAGACCUAGAACACAUAAAGGCUGCAGAAGAGCAUAAUGAGAACCUUUUGAAAAGACAAACCUGCCAAGAUAUCCAAGAAGACCUAGAACACAUAAAGGCUGCAGAAGAGCAUAAUGAGAACCUUUUGAAAAGACAAACCUGCCAAGAUAUCCAAGAAGACCUAGAACACAUAAAGGCUGCAGAAGAGCAUAAUGAGAACCUUUUGAAAAGACAAACCUGCCAAGAUAUCCAAGAAGACCUAGAACACAUAAAGGCUGCAGAAGAGCAUAAUGAGAACCUUUUGAAAAGACAAACCUGCCAAGAUAUCCAAGAAGACCUAGAACACAUAAAGGCUGCAGAAGAGCAUAAUGAGAACCUUUUGAAAAGACAAACCUGCCAAGAUAUCCAAGAAGACCUAGAACACAUAAAGGCUGCAGAAGAGCAUAAUGAGAACCUUUUGAAAAGACAAACCUGCCAAGAUAUCCAAGAAGACCUAGAACACAUAAAGGCUGCAGAAGAGCAUAAUGAGAACCUUUUGAAAAGACAAACCUGCCAAGAUAUCCAAGAAGACCUAGAACACAUAAAGGCUGCAGAAGAGCAUAAUGAGAACCUUUUGAAAAGACAAACCUGCCAAGAUAUCCAAGAAGACCUAGAACACAUAAAGGCUGCAGAAGAGCAUAAUGAGAACCUUUUGAAAAGACAAACCUGCCAAGAUAUCCAAGAAGACCUAGAACACAUAAAGGCUGCAGAAGAGCAUAAUGAGAACCUUUUGAAAAGACAAACCUGCCAAGAUAUCCAAGAAGACCUAGAACACAUAAAGGCUGCAGAAGAGCAUAAUGAGAACCUUUUGAAAAGACAAACCUGCCAAGAUAUCCAAGAAGACCUAGAACACAUAAAGGCUGCAGAAGAGCAUAAUGAGAACCUUUUGAAAAGACAAACCUGCCAAGAUAUCCAAGAAGACCUAGAACACAUAAAGGCUGCAGAAGAGCAUAAUGAGAACCUUUUGAAAAGACAAACCUGCCAAGAUAUCCAAGAAGACCUAGAACACAUAAAGGCUGCAGAAGAGCAUAAUGAGAACCUUUUGAAAAGACAAACCUGCCAAGAUAUCCAAGAAGACCUAGAACACAUAAAGGCUGCAGAAGAGCAUAAUGAGAACCUUUUGAAAAGACAAACCUGCCAAGAUAUCCAAGAAGACCUAGAACACAUAAAGGCUGCAGAAGAGCAUAAUGAGAACCUUUUGAAAAGACAAACCUGCCAAGAUAUCCAAGAAGACCUAGAACACAUAAAGGCUGCAGAAGAGCAUAAUGAGAACCUUUUGAAAAGACAAACCUGCCAAGAUAUCCAAGAAGACCUAGAACACAUAAAGGCUGCAGAAGAGCAUAAUGAGAACCUUUUGAAAAGACAAACCUGCCAAGAUAUCCAAGAAGACCUAGAACACAUAAAGGCUGCAGAAGAGCAUAAUGAGAACCUUUUGAAAAGACAAACCUGCCAAGAUAUCCAAGAAGACCUAGAACACAUAAAGGCUGCAGAAGAGCAUAAUGAGAACCUUUUGAAAAGACAAACCUGCCAAGAUAUCCAAGAAGACCUAGAACACAUAAAGGCUGCAGAAGAGCAUAAUGAGAACCUUUUGAAAAGACAAACCUGCCAAGAUAUCCAAGAAGACCUAGAACACAUAAAGGCUGCAGAAGAGCAUAAUGAGAACCUUUUGAAAAGACAAACCUGCCAAGAUAUCCAAGAAGACCUAGAACACAUAAAGAUAUCCAAGAAGUAA